UAUAAUAUUGUUAUAUACAAUUAUAAAUAAGUGAUAGUGACGUUUGAUAAACAAAAGAAAUUGAUAGAAAAUAAUGGUAAUGUAUGUUAAUAAUAUAAUAUAUAUUUGUUAAAUGAAGAUAAAGUCUUUGCGCUUUUGGAUAAAAUACAGAACCUUCAACGAAUGAUAAGCUACUAAAGGAGUUCCUAUUUUAAAAGCGAAAAACGCUGGUUUAUGCUUUCGACGUUGCUCAAAUCGAUCGGCAAUGAUAAUGCUAUAAUAUACAUAGAUAGCACGUGCCUGGCACAUUGCCGUUUGUAGGACGAUGAAGGAGCAUUUUAUAAAGAUCCCAAGGAGACUUCAAUAGCGUUAAUAUCCUUCGGUGGGUGACAAACGAGGGAACGGCACCGCGGGACGUCCGGCGUCCCGAUGCCACACGACGAAUUAUCUCACCUCCGGUUGAAUAUUUGUGAAAAAUCGCCGAUACCGUGACGACGCGUUACUCCGUUGAUCAACAAAAGACUUCGAUUUCGGAGAGUAAUUAAGGCUAUGAGUUCUUUUCUCGGUCCUUCGUAGUAUGAGUCAAUUCAUAUAUACUGGCAAUAAUAUAUUGACAAAUUUCUUAAUAAUUAACAAUCAAGAAUACAAAUCUAAGAUAAAAGUUUAAGAAAGAAUUUUUAUUUCAGUUUGAUUGUUUUUUUCACAGCUCUGACAUAACCAGUAAGUUCUACAAUUUAAAUCCAUAUCGAAUCUAGAGUACGAUAACCCGAAUGACUUUGGAUUUUUACGUGUAUAAUCUACAUAUAAAAUACGAUCGUACGGUACAUUAUCAAAAGGUAUAUCAAACUCCGCCCUCCGGAAGAACGCCGCCCCCGACAUGCGCCGAGGUAUCGUCGCCCCUAUCCUGUUUCUCACCUGUAAUCACGCGCGUAAUCUUCCUCGGGGUAGUAAGACUUGGUCUUCCUCGAGGCAUAUACAAACCUAUCGGUUACACACUGCAGUUUAACUCCUUUGAAAUAGUAUCAGAAAAUUUCUUAAGUCAAUAUUAAAAAUUGAUUUAAAAUAGAUCGUUCGAAAAUAAGUGAUUGUGAUGUCUGUUUGGGACGUUAUGCAAGACGUGCCAUUAGAUUUGAGUUUUCGCGGAACUGAGAAAAAAAUUAAUUUGACGGAUACUUCGAAAUUUCAGCGACGUUUGCCUUGUCAAACUUGCGGAAAAAAUUUUGAUAGACCGUCUCUCCUGAAGAGACACUUGCGAACGCAUACAGGUGAAAAACCACAUGGUUGCAAAGUAUGUGGCAAAAUGUUUAGCACCAGUAGUUCUUUGAACACACAUGCAAGAAUACACACUGGAGAACGACCUCACGAGUGUCCUAUUUGUGGAAAACGUUUCACAGCGUCUUCGAACUUAUAUUAUCAUCGUAUGACUCAUUAUAAGGAAAAGCCACAUAAGUGUAACGAAUGUGGCCGUUCAUUUCCAACUCCUGGAGAUCUCAGAGCGCAUGGAUAUUCCCAUACCGGAAACUGGCCCAUGAGAUGUCCUGUAUGCAAUCGAGGAUUUUGCAAACCAGGAGCAUUACAUCAUCAUAUGCAACUACACAACGGCGAUCGGCCCUAUCAGUGCACAGUGUGUGACAAGAAAUUUUCGAUUAUUGGAAAUUUGCGAACACACGAACGAACACAUCAUUCGCAAUUUUCUAUAGUUAAUUUAAGAGAUUCUCCAAACGUUGAAACUGCGAUUUCGAGAGUUGAUAAUGCAAGAUUUGAAUUUUUAAAUACGAACGCACUUCACUUACCUUCCACCUUUUUUCCGUGGACUUCAUGGCUACCCUUGCAAUACUAAUAUGUAGAUUGUAUUUUAUGAUUGGUACGAAAAUGUCUUGCAUAUAAAUUGUAAUUAUAAAGUAAACGUUUAUAUAUACAUCAUUUAUAGUAUAAUGAAUUGGGAAAAGAAU